UUUAAACGUCAAAAAAGGUUGGACUGAAGUCCACUUUGAGAUAAUGGAAAUAAAUAAUCGUAUAAUAAAUAUUAGAAUGUAGAGGGACCCCUUGCAGCAGUAUAUUUGUAGAUAAAAUGUUUAUCAGUUAUCGAAUUAAAUCCACAAACAGAUAGAUUGGGUGUUAAGUAUCAGUGAAAGUUACAGAAAUGAUUGGUGUAAUCAAAAUGAAUUUUUGUGAUGAAACUAUAAGAAAUAGAGGAAAGUGAUUAAUUUUCCAUAAUUGUAAUAAUGGAAAGUUCAAUGCUGUUCACUACUGAAGGCCCCGAAGCAAUGUCAUGGGGCCUGAACUCUACCAACCAUGGAACGUUCAAGGAAAUAAAAAUGGAUUCGAAUUUCUUGAUGUUGCUUGCUUCCCUUGUUUUCGCCGUAUCUUGGGUUGUUUACAUUGCAUACUAUAAUUCAAGAGUAUUUGGAUACAUUAUAACAAAAAUAGUAAACCGGUUAUUUAUCAGCGAAGGCUAUUUCAAAAUUGGUUCCUUUUCCUUCAAUGCAUUAUCUGGUAAAAUUAUGUUUCGGGAUGUUGUUUACAUUACCUAUGACUACACAGCGAGAGUACAAGAUGGUUAUUUGAUAUUUCGAUGGUGGAGGUCCUAUAUACCUAAAGAUGUUAGUGAGGAUCUUUCGCAUUCAGACACCAGGCUUUCCAUAAUGUUGAUUGGAUUUGAGCUACACGUUUAUAAUCAAUGUGAUGUAUAUUCUAAGUUAGAGGAAAUAUUCGGCCUCAAAGAAGUAUUGGUUGAACAUAAAGUUUCUGAGCACUUGAAUAUGUCUGAAAGUUUAGCAGAGAAUAGUUCUGUAAGAAAGCAGAGACCUGAAGCUGCCAUGGCAAGAACCUGGAGAGAUCUUAUUCCUGUUAUUAAGUGUGAUAUUUCUUCUAGUCGUUUAGUAUUUGGCAAUCGUUUAAUUCCGACAACCCUUAGCAUCUCAUUUGAAGAGUCUCACUUUGUCUACUCGACAAAACCUGCCGUUUGCACCUUGGACAAAUUUAUGCAUUUUGUUAAGUGUAAGGGAGAAAAUGUUAAAGUUAUGUUGGCCCCUAGCUUAAAAUAUACAGGACUAACCGAUCAACCCCCACGAUAUAUGGGUGAAGGUUUCGUGCUCUUACAAUCCAACAACAUGGAACUUUAUUUCUACAUGGACGAACCUGGUCUUGUACCCGAAGAACCUGUACUUGUGACACUUCCAAAUGGAGACGUUGUGGCUUCAAGCGCCCCCAAGUGGGGAAUGGACAUAAAAUGUGGAAAAAGUACUAACUUCAGCUACGGUCCUUGGGCCGACCGACAGAGGGAGCACCUGUUCAAGUUCUUCUACCCGCAGGAUUACCUUCCUAUGGAAGUGACCAAAACACCAAAACCGGGUGAUAAAAGACAGAUGGAAUCUUUCGAUAUUAGGAUGUUGGUGCAGAACGAUGCUACAAUCGAUGUUUUGUUCACUAAAGAUAAGGAGACCAACGCCGUGCAUAUAAACAUCGGUGCAGGAAGUUAUUUGGAGGUUACUAUACCAUGGGUAACCAAACCAAGCGGUUACACAACCAAAUUAAAUGGUCAACUCUUGCACGUAGAGGCGACCACUAGCUUGCAAUUUAGGGAUUUCAUCAAGAGUGAAACGUUGGAGUUUGGUUUGGAAUGCCACUAUCCUCUCGUGUGGAAUGAUCAUCAGUUGUGGAAAAUAAAUCUGACGGCUUGCAAGGCGACAAUCCACGUCAUUUUUAACCAUAAAUGGUUUUUCCAAGAUAUGAUAAACGACUGGGCUUCGAAACAGAGGCCAGACUUGAUCCAUUUCGUACCCUACACCUGGCGUAUAGCUUUGAACCUCAAGCACUGCGAACUCAUAACCCUGGUCAACCAGUACAACUGGAUCGACUGUAGUUCUGUGGGACAAAGGAACAGGCUCGAGAACACCAUGUUCGGAUGUUGCGCUCACUUUUUACACUUGUCAUUCGACCUCCCGUUCGACGAAUACUUGCCAGAGACAAUCCCUCUCAAUUUCGGAAUACAGGGUGAGAGCAUAGAUUUGAGCCUUUUCAUUCCUGAGUUCCACUCGAGUAGAAAUACCGUGACUGCCCUGCAUAAACACGCAAAAUUGCUGUCGAAAGACGGCAGCACUACCAAGAAGACUGAAUUGAUACCAAAGUGGCGGAACGUUUGCAAAGAAAACGACGGUUGGAUCGAUUUCUGGUGGGUCCCCAUAGGAGCGAUAAACAUAAUGUAUACCUUCCACCCUCAGCCACCCUUAGGACCUCAACCACAAGCCGAUAUCUCGACACCGGUGAAAGAAGAGAUCCUCCUCUCCCCGAUGAGGUUCCCCCAUCACAGAAAGAACCGGAAAAGACCCCCAGAAGGUUUCGAGAAGUUCGAUCCCACCACCCUCAAAGCGGACACUGUCAAUGUCGAAUUGGAGAUAGGGCCUUCGGUUUUGAGAUUGUACGGUACCGCUUUGAAGAAUUUUAUGAAUUUCAAGGAGAACAUUUUCGGGGACGAUCAGUCUUUUACUGACAUGCAACAGGCGAACAAGGAGGAUCAGGGGGGUGAAUUGAAACAGGACGAUAGUAGUUAUAACAUACCUUUGGAAUUGAGGGAGGAUUUCGAUAAGAGAGAUUAUAGACCUUUGGAAGUCGAUGUUUCUAUCGUUAUUCAUGACAUACAGGCACAUUUGCUCAAGCAUUGUACAGAAAAAGAUCCUCCUUGUCCAGUUAUUCUGGUCGAAAGAUUAGGCUUCGAAAUGAAGAAACGAUACGAACAAACUGAACUACAACUAUUGCUAAGCCCAGCGGUGCUUUUAGUGUCAGACAAUGUAAAUAGGAGUCCAAAAGACAGACACUUGAAUCAGGGAAAAAUCACCCUGUCGUCUAUACAGGUUAGGGGUCACGCUAUGUUCUCCGACGUGGGCAGGUCCUUGGACCAGGACACCCUAGAGUACGGCUGGCUGGUGGAAGCUCACAUGGGAAAAUUGACAGGGAAACUAACAACCCCCCAACUCUGCACCCUGGCCGCCUGCGUUGAAACCCUCGUGGUGCUGAUCUUAGACGAUGAGAACGAACUGAUACACCCCACCGAAGACGAUUUCACCUCUGUGCCGGAACAGAGGAAGAAGAGCGUUAUAUCCACCCAACCCCUGCAGCAGGCCUUCCAGCAGUUCUACACCAACGUGAUGGUCAAGAACCAGCAGAACGCGGGCUCGGCGAACGCUAGGUUCGGCAGCGCAGACAGGAACUCCAAGAACAACCUGAAGUCCGCUGCGGAGAAGAAGAAGAGCGAGGAUUUGGAGAAAAAGGGCAGCCUUACGAAGAAGGAGCUGGUGGACGGUGAGGGUGUGAUGAACCAGGAUUGUCACAAGUUGAAGUACAAGUUCACCAGGGUGGCUGUGGACGCCCUGGACGUUUGGCUGGUGGAAAAUGGGACCGCCCUCCAGUUGUGGGUGUCUCCGUUGAGGCUUUCAACAUGCAACCUGCACGGUAAACAAGUGAACUCAGGCCUGAGCUGCAUAGCCUUCAGCACGUCAUUGAGACAACUAAUAUGGCAACCCCAAAGAUACAACCACAAGUAAGUUUCCCAUCGAUCCAAAAUUCGUGCAAAUAAGGACCAAUUUUAUUUUCGCAGAACCACCGAUGACCUAUGGCUGGAGGUGGGGGCUGUGAAUUUUGGCCCUAUAAUCGUGGAAUCGGCGAUUUCUAGCGCGGACGUCAAAGAUCAGAACGCCUACGACAUGCAACAGAAGUUCCUGAGGAUGCACGACGAACGUCAGAAGAAACUCUGGUUCCUGUGGCCGGAACUGAACAAGUUGCACGGUAGGUGCGGGUGCACUGGGGGAUGUUGCUUCUUCGGGGAGAACAAGAACGGACCCAGGUUCUUCAGACCGAGCAAAACGGACUUGGAGGACGGUAUUAACGUUGCAGCGUUCAGGAUCAAUGAGCCAGGAUCUUAUCCAGGCUUCGGGCAGAGUAUUCUGCAUGAAGGGAUGCUGAUAUUCCGUACAACCCCGUAUAUUUACAACGAAAUGUGCCUGCAAGAUGUGGUGAGGCAGAACGUCAAAGUGGACAACACUGGCAGCCUUAAGAAAUCCUUCGAAAGUCCCAGGAUGCCCCAUUUAGAAAGGGAACGGUCUAUGGAUGCCGAGAAGAUUGACAGUCCCAUCACUUCGCUGGAGAGAAAGGCUAACAGAAGGUUUUCUUCUUCUUCAGUUCGGAGUGCCAUAAUUAAGGAAGUACCUUACGCAAGGCUCAUAGAUACUUGUCAACCCCUGUUAACCACAGCGAAACUAGAUAGCGAUUCCAAACUUAACACCGAGAAAGGGAAACUAUCAGUGGCAUCAGCCGAGGUUGACUUUCCACCCAAGAACAGCGUUUCAGACUCGAAAUUAGCCGUAGACUACUUCAAUUCCCCCAAAUCCGAAGUGUUCGAAAUGGCAUUGAACAGCGGCCCUGGAAGUGACGUUUCAGCCUCUAGUCCGGGUGCUAACAUUUCCCUGAACGAGUCGGAGUCUCAACACUCCAUAGGUACAAGAUACAGUUCGGAAGAACGUCUUCAGAAGGAGGUACAGAGGACCACCUCAAUGUCGAGUGAGAAUCACUCAGAGGCUUUCUUCUCGGCCGACGAGGAUCUCCAUAUCAAUUCGAGAAGUUCGAGUUUGAGGAAUUCGAUUUUGAGCACGGGGGGUAUCUUGAUGAGGCAAGAGAGGCAGCCAAUUUUGGCUACCACGCAAGGUGGGAAGAAAAAGUUUUCUAGUGAAUUGAGUAUAGUAACCGAUAGAUCGGCAAUGCAAAGGAACGGGGUGGUGUUACAAGCUCCUGGUUCAGCACCGGAGACCACAAGAACUAGAUUGUCCUCUCACAGGAGCGACCAUGAGAUCCACACUCCAGAACAUAGGAGUUUCACCCUCAAUAGACAGAGUGACAGCAUCCACAGAUCCUCAGCCGUUCAGGGCCUGGCCACCCCUUACAGAAACCCGAGUAACAGGUCGGUGAGCCCCCGUCUCUGGCCCCAAACCAGCGUCGUCUCUCAGCCGGAAUCCGAUUUCACCCAUCCCGACUUGGAUACUAGGUCUUCGAGUUCAGGUACUCGUUCAUCAGAUAGCUUGAGUAAUAAUUCUUUUGUCUCAGCGCAAGGCAGCCAAGAGGAUUUCACGCUAAUCGAUUUGCACAGGCAAGUAAAUAGGCCGAUUGUUGAUUCCUCGAUGCUCAUGUCUAGUUACGUUACUCACUUGAGCCAGUUGAAGUGCUCGAAUUGGAACGAUAGCGCUCACGAGGGGCCCAUCGAUCAGUUUUCGCUGUCUCUGUUCGAAAGGAUAGACGAUAAGUUGAUCUACUCCGGAGGACGUUUUGUGCCACAAAUGGAAACCGUUAUGGACGGUAUGACUUCGAUGAAAAUGGUAACCAGACGGGAUUCGAGUGCUGGUGUUAAAACACCCACAAGUCCUUUCGUAUACUCCUGGGAACAAGAAGAAUUGGAUAGGGAACUCGAAGCCGUUCAAGAGGAAGAAAUAAUAGGUACACAAACGCAGGGUGGUUGUAGAACCACUAUAAUAGUCAAAUUGAAGGGGGAUUUAGAUGUGAUGGUCAGUCCUCUACUUCUAGAAUCUUUACAAAGAUUUGUGGAUUCUCUAACGACCACCGUAUCCAGUUUACAUCCGUUGACUGUUAUAAACCAUCUGCACACUUCCUGCGUGAGUCAAGUUGCUUCGGCCAAUGUCCUACAGACUACGGCUAAUGUGAGGAAAAUAUGUCAGUCGACAACUGGCCUAAGUGAGAAUAGCGAUUCGAAAAAUCUUGGUAGCUACGAGGAAACCAUCAAAACGCAGUUACAAGCUGCAAUUUUCCUCCCGAAGGUCAAUGUCACUUUCCUCCAAGUUUCGAUUGUCGAGGAGAUCAUAUCGUUCUCAGCCUUGGAUAACGUCAAAGAUCUCACCUGUGUAUCCCUUCUUUCAGUGUGUUUCGACAAUAUUGUCAUGAAGUUGCACUGUGACAAACAAGCGAAGGAAGUUCUUCAAAAAUUCCACCGCCCUGCUGUUGUCCAAACGGGCAGCAAGAAAGGGGCCAACCGUGCCAGGAUACUGCUCGGACUUCAAACAUACACCAACGCCGACAUAAUCAAAGGCGAACCCGUGUUCAUAGAGAGCUGCAAGAAGCUUCAAAAACAGUUGGUUAUAUGUUUGAACAUCGGUAAGGUGCAUGGCCAACUGCGUAGGUUGAAAAACGAGAGCAGCAUCUUAGACGAUGCAGUCAUAACCGCUAUUCCCAGUUAUAAAUCGAAGGUUUUGUUCACACCGGCUAAAAUGAGGCCCUUGUACAGGGGGAUAGAGUAUUAUUUGCAACCAUCGAACUACGAGGGCAUUGGCGUUCAACAAGAAGAGAAUAACACCGAAGAUAAAUUAGGUUUUAUCAUGUUCGAAUGUGGCCUCGAAGGUAUCAACUUAAAGAUUGUCAAGAAGUCCCAGUUCGAAGAGGAAUCCGAGGAAGAAAAGAAUACGAAAAAAGCUGGUAAAAAUGCAGAAUCGGAGAGAGGUACCGAAGACUUGGAUCCUUCUGGAGAUGUACAAGGUACAACCCCCAGAUCCUGCUCAGCUACGCCUAAGAAUGGAGAUCGGAUGAGCAGCCUUCAAAGACCUACAACACCCAAAGUAACCAAUGAGAAAGGUGAUAAGAAAGGUAAAGAUAAGGAGAGGAAUAAUGCAGACUCUGAGCCAGUCCCAGAAAAGGAUGAUACAGACAAAGACAUGGGCAACGUAUCCUCUUGCGUCAUUGAGCUAAAAGUUGUCUGGUUCAACUUUGCAGCACCUCCUAGAGCUCCAAUAACCAGGAAAAUCGAUUAUACUAGGUUGGACUGGAACUUAUUGAGCACAGCCUCCCCGGCUAUAAACGCUUGGAUGAACCCCAGCAACAGACUGGCAAUUCGUGUGGUACACUUGGCCAGAACCAUGUACAGGAGAUCCACUGCCACAGUAGCUUGCAUAAUGGCCGAAGCUUUGGAUAUACAGAGGGUCCACACUCUUCCCAAGAGUCGUUACGGAAAGUUGACGCCCCUUUCGCAGACGUUGCAGAACGACCCAAAUCUUCAGUUAUGCUCGAUACUGGAGAGGUACUACUUGGAAAUUGGAGCGAACGUCAUCGAGAACAACUUGAAGGAGAGCGAGAUGCCUCAGUUGUUCACCUUGAGACAGGGUAUUGUCGUACUGAGCAGACAGUGGAAGAAUAUACUGUAUACGCCCCUGCUGGGUCAACAUACGACUAAAUCAAGGGUGAAACCGUUGAACAUCACGAUUGCUAUGCCUGAGGUCACUGAGGUCAAGCCAGAGUUCCAAAUGGACAUGAUAUCAGAGACCAGUACUGGUCAUUUUUCACUCAAAAAACAAACGCAGGAGGUGACACUGACAGAUGGGGAGGCAAGUGGUAACGAAGAAAACGAUAUUACCGACGAAAACGCACGUUUGUUGCGCAAUGACAAUACAGGGACCGAUCUGUCAACGCAAAAAGAUCAUGCAGGAUUGACCACAUCUCCGAGAUCUUCAGGCUAUUUCGAUAGCACCGCCCCCAACCCUCAAAUCGCAGUGGUGCCAAGGGGUGUUGAGAGCAUACUUACAUCUCCAUCGCCACCAGUCCCCCAUAAGAAACGAAAGAAGAGCUUGCCUCAUGUUCCACCCCCUAACAGUAGUCGGGCGAGUGUAGUUUUGCCCUUACUAAACAACGGAUACCCUUUUGUCCAGAAAAGAAGUCAUCCCGAAGACAGUAUAGGUUAUGGUGCUCUCAGGGAGGAUAGGACGAUCCUCAACAUGGGGUCAGAUCCCAGCGAUGUGAAUUCUGGCUCCAGCCCGGAGAUGCCAUCCAGCCCUCUUCAUAGAACCCUGGGGAACACCAAUUUCUCCGAAGAUAUGUACAGUUGGAUGGCCAAGCAAGACACCACCAACAACACCGGAAAAACUGCCCUGGAAGGUUGUCUGGAAUCGAAAAUUAACACCCUUCAAACAGAGUCUUCGGGGGAAGCCGAAACCCUUCCAAGGGAAAAUUUGGCUGUUCCGGAGGUGUCCCUGGCCCCCAUACAGGACUCCGGGAGGCUUCUAGACGCGAAUCAGAUAUUCCAACCGAUACUUUCAGUCCUGGGUGUCAUCCCGCAACAGUUGAGGUUUACGACAGUGUCUGAAUCUUCUGCAGGUAACGAAGUCACGACUUUGGACGCUUUGGGCUCCAAUUUCUGCUUGGUCGGUAGUAUGGACACUAUGAGGAUCGAUAUAGUGGUCUCGGAGGCUGAGUAUGGUAAACCGGAGAAGAAGAAGGGGAGAAAUAAGAACAAGCAGAAGUUAUUUGUUGAUAUAUCAGUUGAUGAAUCACCAUCGUUUGUUUGUGAGAAGAUAUCCGUUGAGUUAGAAAUCGAAAGGAUUGCCGAUAUGAAUGUUAAUGAAAUGAUGAAGACGGAAAAUAUAUUCUAUAUAUCCAGGAGUCAAUUGAAGAAUCACACCAGUACGGUUAUAAAUUUCACUGUCGGUGUCCAUUACAUCUCCCAGAGGGUGAACAUGCCUUUACUGAGGUUACUACACCAAAUUUCGAACAUGUACCAAAAUGUGAAAGACGCAAGGAAUGAGAUGCACGAACAACAACCGACUGAGAUUCGUAGAACAAAAACAAGCACCAGCGAUCAUCUGGAUAUAAAAUUACAUUCCUCCACUUCAGCACUUCACGAGCAUCAUGUCGACAUGUCCAAACAGCUCGGUAUCAAGAUAUCAGACGCUGGUUCCUACACCUCGUCCCAGAUGCACAAAGCCGCCAUAUCCCCAUCCCCCAGCCUGCGUUCGAGGCCCCAGAGCUUCGCGCAGAAGCUCAUAUCGACCAGUAAGAGCGUCAAAGGUUACAUCAACCUCAACGAAGGGGUUGGGACACCCAUUACGAUGAGUAGUCCAUCGGGUUCUGGAAUGGACAGGGCAACCGUUUCCUCUGAUAAGAGUAUGAGCAACACCGGGAGGUGUUGGAAGACCAUUUAUCAUCUCAUCGAUUUGUAUAGUAAUAUGCCGGAGACUAAAACGAUAAACCAUAGAUUUUCUAUGGUUAACUGUGGAGACAUCUCUGAACAUUAUAAAGGUAAUAGAAAAUACGAUUUACUUACAGAAAUGAAAUCUAGUGAAGAAAUCGAUAAAGAGAUGACUCCUCCUCUCAAUAUACAUAAAGAUUCAAAGAGAGUGCACUUUAAUCAAUUAGUGGUGAAGGAUAGAGGGUAUAAAAUGUCAACGCCUCAAGAGCACUCCAAAUUGGUGGUUUUCGGAGUGGCCAGGAUCCACAGGACCAAACUACUGGCCACCCUGUCUGGUCUCAAGCUAGAGGCCGAAAUCACGAGUUUACACUCCAGUUUGACCUGCAGGAACAAGUCCACUCCCAACGUACUGGAGUACUCCAUAACCGGUCAAGUUGGGAGGACCAUGAUCGUUCUACUCGAAGGUACAGCACCCAACUUGCAGACGGUGGUUAAAGUCACCAUUGGAAAGUCACAGACUUUGUACUCCAGCAUUUCGAAGAGGAGCAAGGACAAGAACGCUGGAUUGUUGACCAUUGGAGCAGUUAACAUUGACAUCCCCCAACAUCCGGUGGCACUCCACGGUAUGGUAACCAGAGGCAGUAAACAGCUGAGCUCGACUAUCCAAGAGUUGAGGGUGACCAGAACCGCUAGCAGAUUGUCGAGGGGGCAACAGGCAGACGAGGAGGGGCCCAACAGUCCCAACCAUCCCCUACACACCUCCCACAUGAUGGCUUCCAGUUACAUAAAAAGCAACGUUACAGAAAAGAGCCUCUUGCAGCCACUCGUCAUGCAAUUUUCAGUCAUAUUACAGAGUCUGAGCAUAACAGCUGCCCUGUUACCGUCUCUGCAGGCUCAGUAUAAGAUGGAUCAGGUGAACAGCACCGGGUUCACAGGUAGCAAAGCGAAGUUCACUAUCGAUCUACCCCAUCAUUCUUUGAGCUUCAACACCAAACUGCAGGGGGAAAAAGCAGAAGCUAAUCUACCCUCUGAAGCCAGCAUAUCCCUUCCGGUCAUCCACGUAUCAGCUGAAUACAUCCCAGAAAACGCUGUGUUAGGUCUGAGGAACGACCAGAGGGACCACGAAGGGGCAGUCUUCAAACCUGGCGGUUACCUGAACGCCAAAGCUGAGAUAGGCAUCUUCAAGCACAGCCUGACCACCGAUCUCCUCAAUCACCUGGUGUUCGUCCAGAAGGUCUUCAUGAAGGAGAUCAACGAGGUGAUACAGAAGGUGUACGGAGGGGAGAGACCGGUUCCACUGUGGCUUGAGGAACCGGAGGAACCUUCCUCCCUGACCAGGGUGCUAUUCUCGCUGAUCAUACGGAUACAGGGCAUCGAGAUAACAGCCACCACAGCUGGGAGCUCUGCUGUGAGACUAGAGACCGGUGAAGUUGUUUUCGAGCUGUCGAACAGGAUCCAGAACAUAUCCAGGGCGAGCAGGAACAGCACUGCUGCCAAGCUCUUCGGAAAAGCCCAGGUGGAGCUGAAAUUGUCCCUCGGUCAACUGAUAAGGAACGCUAUUUUCGAAGAGGCCGAGAUAGAAUUUCAACCGGUGGCCUUCUUCAACACCAGGAUCGGGCUAAGGAACGCUUUUCAGGACGAGAUAGUGGAGGGGGAAGAUAAGGAAGUGGUCCUUUUGACCUUGAAGAGACCGCUGGUGUACAUACAACCGGCAGCCAUAGACAAGGCUAUUUUGGUGUGGUUGAACUACAAGAACGCCUAUGAUUAUUGGAAUGAGAAAAGGGCUAAUUUGAACAAAGAGAUGCUGUUCACGACUAAUCAGGCCCCAGAGAAAUUCCAACUAGGCCAGUUGACUAGCCAGUUGAGCACUCAACAUCUGGGUACCCUUUUCAUGCAACUGACUGUCGAGGACAUGGGGAUUUGCCUCCCGUUGAAUCCUCUACCUCUGAAUUGGAACCAGAGGAACUUCCACGAAGACAUAAGGGGUGCUGUGGUGGUCACCUUGGAAAACACCAGCAUUUCUGCUUGCAGUUCCGGUUGUCUGGUCAGUAAGGGGAAAUUUUCUAACCUAUGUUUGAGAUUCGCUGACGAUUUUGAGAAUAGUUUCGACGAUUGGAAGCCUGAUAUGAACGAUUCCACCAUUAUGAACCUCUGCGUGGUAAGCGAUGGCACAUACGACUUCUGCAGCAGAACUAUAGCAGCUAAACAACCGAACGAAAACGCCAAAUGGUUCUUGAGCGUCCAGUGGCAGAUGGAAGGGGUGGAUAUCCACUUGGAUACUAACAUCGGAAAGCAACUAUCUGCCCUGGGACAUACUUUGACGAUGCUGACUGGUGCUGAAGAUCCCCCACUUCACAUGGAUUACGACAGCGACGACAAUGACACCCCUGACGGGUUUAAAGCGUCUCAGGAAAGUAUCUUGAAGACCAUAGGUGCUACCACCGAUCACAAAGCGAGGUCUAAGGCUAUCGAGAAGGCAAUGAACGAACAGGCCAAGAUAAUCAAUGAUUUAAGGUCCUUGGGAGCCUCCCACGGUACCAUUGAGGACGAGAUGAAGAAGCUACACGAAUUGGAGGAAUUGGUUUACAAGGACUUCAGGAGGGAUAUGAUACAAAAAUUGAGGAGACAGAGCGUUAGGGCUUCUUCCAUAAAAAGAAAAUUCGGACUUGGGGACAGGGGGGACUCCUUCAGAUCUAAGUCUUUCGUUAUGAAUCAUCCGAUGCCAGAGAGAGAAGACAGUCCGGACAACGGUCAGGGUAUGUUAGGUAGCUACGAAAGCUCCCCUACGUCAGGUCCAUCAAGAUCCUCGUCUUUGAGAGUGAAGAAUAUCGACAGUGGACUUCGAGUUCACUUUAACGAGCAACCUCCAACCAGGAAAUCGUCACUACCCAGCGCAUGCUCAGAUUUAAGCAUAACCGGAAGCCACAUAGACUGGGUGGAUCAGCUGGACAUAGACGGCGAGAAGGUGCAGUUGCGCAAGAAGCUGUCCCAGGAGACCCACCCCUUCGAUCCAACCAACACAUAUUCAACGAACAACUACCCCAACAGCUCCGGGGUGUCCCAGAAGCCCCAGGAGCCCAACGUGGACCUGGAGCUGGACGUCAAGGUCUUCAUAAACAGCGGCAAGUGCGUCCUGCACACCAAGGACAUCCAGACGGUGCAGGAGGACACGAAGAUGACCAAGAUGAAGAAGGACAGGAGCUGUUCAGCAGGACUCCUGGAAUUCCCUCCAAAUUCAAGCAGUCCAGAUCCGAUGAGGAGGAACAAGGAUAAGAAUAUGGGACAGUUUGGUACGUCGAGGUUGAGGAUGAAUCCCUAUGCUUCGCUUGUCGAUUUGACCAUUUUCCACAUACCAGGGAUGGAUGUGAAGCUGCAUUAUGUGUCGAAGGUGGUCCCGGAGGCGGAAGACCAGCCGGACCUGCAGGCGCACAAUCCGGACCUGGAGAGGGCGUUCAACAACACGCGCUCGUUCAGCGCCACCUUCACCGACGAAUCCGAGGAGAUGCGCAUAGACAAGGCGUUCAAGAGGCAGGACAGCCAACCGUCGUCGUUCCCGCCCCAGCAUCGCGACUACGCCGCGCCCAUGGAGCUGCGCACGUCCACGUCACUGCACGGCAUCACCAAUCCCAAUUACGGCUCCUCCCCCACCUGCUCCAGUUCCAGUUCGAGCUCGGAGGAGGUGGGAUGCGGCGCCACGCCCCCCAUAAGCCCGGUGGGCGGGGUCAGGGCGAACGCGCAGGCUCAGGCGCCCGCCGCGAAGAAGAUGGGCGUGAAGAAGGCGCAGCUGUUCGCGUGGAUGACGUUGCAGAGCGUGCCCGAAGAGACUAUAAUAUCGCCGCAUAUUUUGGAGUUUUUGGAGCAGACCUUGGAGCCGAUACCGGCGAAAUCCACGUUCAGGACCGGAGACACUUCUUUGAUGUCCAGCGACCAGGACAACACAAAUUACGGAAAUUACGUCUACGCCAGUUUCCCAGUAGAUGUCAUCGUAUACUUCCACAUGCAACCGAGCACCUUUAGGUUCAGCUGCCUGCCAGUUUCUCGCGUUGAGUGUCUCCUGAAGCUUCCAUCCUUAGACAUCGUCUUCAGCUCCAAGAGGGCGGAAGAUGAACUCCUACAAAGUGAAUUCGGAGAUGGUCUUCCAAACUCUGUUUCUACGGCCGUUGGUGGUCUUAGCGUCACAGCUUGCCUGUCCGACUUCUCCGUUUACAUUUUCCACCCUUACGGCGGGAAGAAGACCACCCUUAAGGAGUCCCAGUGGUCGCCGUUGUCAGACAGCGAGAGGAAGGAUUCUUUGUCCAUCAACGUGGAGUUUGUGAAGAUACACUUGUCCAGGUCUAGAAUGCUCAAUUUCCAACAGCAAGAUGCGUCGUUUAAGGGUAAAUCUUCGGGUGAUCAGGGACAGAGCAGGGCUGUGAUAAGAUUUUCAACCAUAACUGAUAUUGGUUCAGCGUCCUUCAAAUACGACAUGAGAAGGUUAACGGAAAUAUUGGCGUUUCCAAAGGCCUGGUAUCGACGUUCAAUAGUGAGAAGAAUGUUCCUAGGGGAUCUAAGUAUGUCAGCAACACACACUGAUGACGGUGAAUCCUCGAAUUCCUCCCCUGGUGCUUAUAGAUCACAUGACAACAGGGGUUCGAAGUCUACAGACAAAUCACCAUUACUGGCUAACCGUGAGAAGUUGAAGUUGGGCAAACUUAAGGAGUUCGGCAUAGGCCUAAGCACUGAAUCGAACCAGGAGAAUUGUAGCCCCACCGAGCAUACAAACAUGACCUCCUGGGAAACCCUGGUUCUUUUCGCAGUGAAUUUCAAGAAGCUGAACGUUCACAUGAACAUGGGCAACGUCAUGGGUAAUGUGAGUUGGUUAACCAAAGAGUUUAGGAGUGACGGAAGGUUGGGUAUUGGAUCUACCGGACAUAAAAACCUCUAUAUAGCCCUUGGUCUGGGUGGAUCUGGAUUGGACGCCAAAGGUGGUAUUGUUGGAGGAAACAUCGAAAUAGCCAACAUCGACACUUUCAUCCAUAUAAGAGAAGAACCAGACGUUGAACCCGACCAUACGGUGGGCGUGAAGCUGCACGCCUUAGAAUUGAGGUUAGACUACAUGGCGUCUUCGGUGCUUAUGUUCAGGGUGAGCGAUCUGAAGGUGAACCUGAGGGACGAGUGGAAACUGAACAAGGCGGCUUCUAGGGAUUCUUUCAUUCCUACGCGAAGACCGGCGAUGAUAUUCAUGCACGGCGAUUUGUGCUGGGACCAGUUGCAGAUGAUGAUAUCGAAGAACACCACUACGGAUCUGCUGAAAAUGUUCAAUAAGCUCGAGGAGUUCUUCUCGCAGCAGUUCAAUAGCAGCAAGAGGGCUUUCAGCGGUUAUUCCUCGUCGUCUAGGCAUUCCAAGUCGAAUCCACAAAAAGGCAAAGAUCAAUCGGGUCACCAGAAUCAGGCUUAUCAGAUAGAACCGAACCAUCACAGGCAUUGGCAAAGGGUCCUGGCCACCAUAGCCGGUCUUCAAUUGAACACCAUGCCCUCGCCGCUUCCCCAAUUCGGCACAGUGCUCGGCGGUACGAUGGAACUACACGGCAACAACAUCUCCUUGGCGUGUUUCCACGGCGUCAAUUUCAAGAGCAAAUCCUGGGCCUUGUUCAGCCUAAAAGAACCCUGCAUCACUUUCAACACGGAAGCUCAAGAGAUACCCUCCGCCACCGAAGAUGCCCCAGCUCAAGAUGUUCAUAUUGUGCAGACGUUGACUUGCAGUCUGGGACUGAGUACUUACAAAACCGACCUGUCCAUGGCUACUGUGUGUAAGGUGUCGAGAACUGUCAUGUUUCCCCCGCAGUUCAAGACAUGGCAGGAGUGGUUCCACUAUACCUUCGCCAGCAGUCAAAUAGACGAGGUCGACAGAUUUCCAUCGCUAGAAAGAGAAAGAAACGAACUUACAAACAGCAUCGAGAGAAACAGGGGUAGCCAGCACAAAUUACCGGAUCCUAACCUCAACAGGGAGGUCAUCUUUGCCGUUCCUAGCCUGCAGUUACACCUGAAGACGGAGCACCUUCAAACUUCCAGCAUUCCAGAUGUUUCAGAUGAAAAGAAGCCAUCGGUCGAAUGCAGCUUUAUAACAGAAUUCGAAGAUCAUAUAUUCGUCACUGUGGAUGCAGAAGCCUUCUUUUUCCUGCACGAUGUCAUCACAUCUUACAUAAGGGAGAAAGAGAGAGUGCUUGGAGGUUCAGACAAGAGUAACGGCAUAGACUUCCAGGAUACGAAACAGAAAAAUCCACCCCACGGUUCAUCGGAACAGGGCAAAAAUGGUAACAUCGAUUCCAAUAUAUUCUCGACAGAUUGGAGGGACUUCACUUGUAAAACGUGGCACCUGGAACCAACGGUCAGGCUUUUAAGUGUGGCCGGAAAGUAUAUCGAACCCUACGGUGUCGAUUACAUCCUCCAAAAAUUAGGUUUCAGUCAUGCCAGGGUUACGAUCCCCAAAUGGAUGCAGAGGGGUUUCAUGGAUCCCCUCGAUGCCACUCUGGCUGUUUUAACCCUAAGAAUGAUUCAGGUGGUUAGGGGAGAGGGGAAUAAGAACGACAAGGAGAAAGCCGUGGAAGCGAAGAAGUGAGAUUGUUAAUGUUUCGAGUGAAGGUAUCAAAUUCCGAUAUAUACUUAAUAGUUCAGGUAGAUAUUUUGAACGUAACCUAAACUGUCGAAUUAGUUGAUAGAAGCCUAUCGAGAUUAUUUUCCACUUAUUUUGCUUUGAAAAAGGUACUGAGAAAGUGAGAUUGUCAUCUUAUAAAAAUAUGGUUGUGAGGACUUUAGUCAAUGUUGAAACGAGAGUAGGGGAUGAAAUAAUGGUCAAACUAGUCCCCUGUUGAAUUAAGCAACAAUUAAAAAGAUUAUUUUAUUUCAUAUACUUGUGAUUUAAUUAAAUUAUACAAAUGAAUGUUAAAUGUUUACCAAAGGUAUAAGAUAAACUAAAUUAGAGUAGGAAAAAGAUGGAGCUCUCUAAAUAUCGCCCAAAUAUAUAGGGAAUGUUUAAAGUAUUCUUAUUCGAAAGAGCUUUUUUUCUUGAAUAGGUUCAAAGUUGUACAUUAUUUGUUCGAAAUGGGCAUUGUUUAAGUAUUAUAUAGCUUAAAUAUUUUUUACUAUAUUUGAUAGGUCGAAGAUUAGCUUAUAUUUUCAUGUUUUGCAAUAUUUUUAUCCACGACUGAUUCAAGAUGUUCCCUAUUUUCGAAAAUUCUUUGAAUAAACUAAUUUAAAGUUA